AUGUUGGACUGGAGGGACGCGCGAUCCCAACGCUCUCGGUCUGCUGAUCACGAUUCUGGAAAUUACAGUCAGUCCGGGGGUGAGCAGCAAAGUUAUUCUUCCUAUGGAAAUCAAGGCAACCAAGGCUAUGGACAAGCAUCAUCACAAGGCUAUUCUGGCUAUGGGCAACCAUCUGAUUCUUCAUAUGGACAGAACUAUGGUGGUUACUCCAGUUAUGGACAAAAUCAAUCAGGUUAUUCACAGUCCUACGGUGGUGGUUAUGAAAACCAAAAGCAGAGCUCUUAUGGCCAGCCGUCUUAUAAUAACCAGGGACAGCAAAACUCGGAAUCAUCAGGAGGCCAAGGUGGACGAGCGCCUUCAUAUGACCAGUCAGACUAUGGUCAGCAAGAUUCGUAUGACCAGCAGUCAGGCUAUGAUCAACAUCAAGGCUCAUAUGAUGAGCAGUCAAAUUAUGAUCAACAGCAUGAUUCCUAUAAUCAAAACCAGCAGUCCUAUCAUUCACAAAGGGAAAAUUACAGCCACCACACACAAGAUGACCGUCGUGAUAUGAGUAGGUAUGGAGAAGAUAAUAGAGGAUAUGGCGGGUCACAGGGAGGAGGUAGAGGGCGUGGGGGAUAUGACAAGGAUGGAAGAGGUCCUAUGACAGGAUCAAGUGGUGGUGACCGCGGUGGCUUCAAAAAUUUUGGUGGUCACAGGGAUUAUGGACCCAGGCCAGAUGCUGAUUCAGAAUCUGAUAAUUCAGAUAACAACACAAUCUUUGUGCAAGGACUUGGGGAGGGUGUGUCUACUGAUCAAGUGGGGGAGUUCUUUAAGCAAAUAGGAAUUAUCAAGACAAACAAGAAGACUGGAAAACCAAUGAUAAAUCUUUACACAGACAAGGACACAGGGAAGCCAAAGGGGGAAGCAACAGUAUCAUUUGAUGACCCCCCUUCAGCUAAGGCCGCCAUUGACUGGUUUGAUGGAAAAGAAUUUCAUGGCAACAUCAUUAAAGUGUCCUUUGCUACUAGAAGACCUGAAUUUAUGAGAGGAGGUGGAAGUGGAGGUGGUCGGCGAGGCCGUGGAGGAUAUAGAGGUCGUGGAGGCUUUCAGGGAAGAGGAGGAGACCCCAAAAGUGGGGACUGGGUUUGCCCUAAUCCGUCAUGUGGAAAUAUGAACUUUGCUCGAAGGAAUUCCUGCAAUCAGUGCAAUGAACCCAGACCAGAAGACUCUCGUCCCUCAGGAGGAGAUUUCCGGGGGCGAGGCUAUGGUGGAGAGAGGGGCUACAGAGGUCGCGGGGGCAGAGGUGGAGACCGAGGUGGCUAUGGGGGAGACAGAAGUGGGGCCGGAUAUGGUGGAGACAGAAGUGGUGGCGGUGGCUACGGAGGAGAUAGAAGUGGAGGUGGUUAUGGUGGAGACCGAAGUGGAGGUGGCUAUGGUGGGGACAGAGGAGGUGGUUAUGGUGGGGACAGAGGUGGUUAUGGUGGAGACCGAGGAGGCGGUUAUGGAGGAGACCGAGGAGGCGGCUAUGGUGGAGACCGAGGUGGCUAUGGUGGAGACCGAGGUGGCUAUGGUGGAGACCGAGGAGGUGGCUAUGGCGGAGACCGAGGAGGCUAUGGUGGAGACCGAGGUGGCUAUGGCGGAGACCGAAGUGGGGGAGGCUAUGGAGGAGACCGUGGGGGGGGCUAUGGAGGAGACCGCAGUGGAGGUUACGGAGGAGACCGAAGUGGUAGCAGCUACGGAGACCGAGGUGGCUACGGAGGCAAAAUGGGAGGAAGAAACGACUACAGAAAUGAUCAGCGCAACCGACCGUACUGA